CAGCCUCUCUGAAAUGUAUACAUAAAUCUCAUCAGUAAAUGGUAUUCACAUCAAUUGCAAGCUGCAUAGUACACGAUUAGACAAGUUUAAAAAAGAAAAUCAAAUUCAUUUUAAAGUGUCACGUACUACCGGAAACUGCAUCGCAUCGCAUCUCAUAAUCCAUUUAAACCGGUCUUUAUAUUUAUAAUGGCAUCAAACCGAAUUACAAAUUCCAAUUACAGUCCGGUGAACAGCAAUCAACAGCUAACUAAAGUUCCAAACGGAGUCCAAGUCUUCAAGUCAAAGAUAGACUCUCAAUCGAAUACCUUUCUUUGGGAAAUUAAUGGUAUUGCUGCCAUAUCCAAACAAAAUUUGUGGCGUAUUCCUUCAUGUGAAUUUCAAGUUGGGUUGUCGAAAUGGAAGUUAUCACUGGAUUUGGGGUCCAACGGGAAUAUUUUAUUGGCGAAACCGGAAUUAAUCCACCACCCCACGGAUUCCACAAUCUUCUACACCCUUCGCCUCUACGUAGUGAAUCCUCAGAAUUAUGUAAUUCAUGCAUCGCAAUUCGGCAAGGGGACUAAAAGUAGUCGUUUGGAUCAUCCAAUUUUGCAUGACAAUGGACACCUGGGUACAUGCGAAGUUUUGCGAUUUAGUGAUGGGAUAGUGGACUUGUUUUCAAAUUAUGUAUUUAAUGAUGCCUUGAAAUUUUUGGUGGAGAUGACAGUUUUCGGAAAUAAGCCGUAGUAACUUAAAGCGUAAUAAUUGAUUGGAAUUAACGGAUUUGGAGUCUCAUCUUGAUGCGCUUAUUUUAAGUAUUUACUAGGAUUUUAUAGUUCAGUGACGAUAGAACGCAGUAAUCAAUUUUUAACGCAUUUUUAAUUGCGCAUUUGUAACUUCAUACUAAUGCAUACGUAAUAAUUUUGUCAUAUAUCAUGCAUACAAUGGUAAUAAAUAAUAAAUACUCUUUCUUAUGAGUAAUCUCUCUUUAUGAAA